AUGACACUGUCCAAAAGCCUUUUUGUUUUCUUCCUCCUUCUGGCUCUUAGCUUCACUUUCACUGAAGCAGCCACGUUUGAGAUAACCAACAGUUGCGCCUACACAGUGUGGCCGGCGUCUUUGCCAACCGGUGGUGGCCGGCAGCUGAAUCCCAGUGAGACGUGGUCCCUUCAGGUAGCGCCCGGCACCGCGGACGCUCGUAUAUGGGGUCGAACCGGCUGCAACUUCGACGGGUCGGGUCAUGGACAUUGUGACACAGGUGAUUGUGGAGGUGUGCUCCAAUGCCAACUCUCUGGGGCACCACCAACUACACUUACAGAAUUUUCUCUUAACCAACCCAACAAUUUGGACUUUUACGAUAUCUCAGUGAUUGAUGGUUUCAAUAUUCCCUUGGAAUUCAGCCCAACCUCUAAUGGCUGUAGCCUUUCCCUUCGAUGUCCUGCUGAUAAGUGCCCUGAUGCUUACCUUUUUCCUGACAACAAUUCUAAGACUCAUAGGUGUCCAGGGGGAACCAACUACAAGAUUGUCUUCUGCCCAUGA